AUGUCUGGUCAAGGUAACGCUCAGAGUUGGACUGAACACGAAGUUCUCGUCUACCUCCUCAGCGUUAUUGAGGCUGGCAAUGUGCAACUCGACUACAAUAUUGCUCCUGUACCUGCUGGCCGCAACGUGAACGGAUGUCGUCAGAAGAUGAACAAGACUAAGCUUGCGCUGAAGCCAGAGAUUGAUGCACUCAAAGCUGGAUUACCCAUUGCUGCCGCUGUCACUACCCCUGCUGGUGGAGCCCCAACCAAGAAGGCUGCUACACCACGCAAACGCAAGCCGAAGACCGAUAAUGAGGGCAACACUGGUGAGGUUACUCCCAAGAAGGGUCGCAGUCGCCCCAAGAAGAACAAGGAGCCUACUCCUGAGGCUGAGGAGGAUCAGACGGAUCUGGGUGUCAAGCCAGAGUUUGGAGAAGACGAGGAGGACGACAUCCUGAAGGAGGUCGAGCUGAUCUGAGACUGUCCCUAGCCAGCAGUGUGGCACCAAACGCAUGUGCAUGGAAAAGUUCAUUGUGGGGGUUCUGCAGCACGUAUUAGCGUCUAACGUUCAGACUACGUUGACGGCAUGCUUGGAGUAUUAUCUGCGUCUUGGUUAGCUGUGCCUCCGGCUUCCACAAUCCCCAGGCACCAAAGAUGUACUUGAAGAAUACAAGUCAAAUACUUGAAACCGACAUGCCUUAUCCUAAUCAACACACCAAGCCAAACCCGUC